AAGUUGGGAGGACUGAUCCCUUCCACUAUGGGAUGUCGUCUUACAGGGACCCAUGGAGCCAGAAUCUGGGGCCAAUGGAACAGCUGUUACUGAGUUCAUCCUCCUGGGCUUGGUGGAGACACCAGGGCUUCAGCCAGUUGUCUUUGUACUCUUCCUCUUUGCCUACCUGGUCACAGUUGGAGGCAACAUCAGCAUCCUGGCAGCCAUCUUGGUGGAGUCUAGACUCCACACCCCCAUGUACUUCUUCCUGGGGAACCUAUCAGUGCUGGACGUUGGGUGCAUCACUGUCACUGUUCCCUCAAUGUUAGGUCGUCUCCUGUCCCUGAAGCGUACAGUUCCAUAUGAGGCCUGCCUCACACAGCUCUUCUUCUUCCAUCAGUUGGCUGGUGUGGACUGUUUCCUGUUGACAGCCAUGGCCUAUGACCGAUUCCUGGCCAUCUGCCAGCCCCUCACCUAUAGCACCCACAUGAGCCAGAUGGUCCAGAGGAUAUUGGUGGCCGUAUCCUGGGCUUGUGCCUUCACCAAUGCACUGACCCACACUGUAGCCAUAUCCACACUCAACUUCUGUGGUCCCAACAUGAUCAAUCACUUCUACUGUGACCUCCCACAGCUCUUCCAGCUCUCCUGCUCCAGCACCCAACUCAAUGAGCUGCUGCUCUUUGGUCUGGGUAUCCUCAUGGCAGGUGCACCUGUGAUUCUCAUUGUCACCUCCUACAUCCAUGUGGCAGUUGCAGUCCUGCGAAUACGUUCUGCAGAGGGCAGGAAGAAAGCCUUCUCCACAUGCGGCUCCCACCUCACUGUGGUGGGCAUCUUCUAUGGGACAGGUGUCUUCAGCUACAUGAGGCUGGGCUCAGUGGAGGCUUCAGACAAGGACAAGGGGAUUGGCAUCCUCAACACUGUCAUCAGCCCUAUGCUGAACCCACUCAUCUACAGCCUCCGGAACCCUGAUGUGCAGGGCGCCCUGAGGCGAGUGCUCGCAGGGAAGCGAGCCCUUGCAUGA